AUGGAUCAACCGGUAAAACUUGCAAGAGUGAAACAGAUUCUUGGGCGAACUGGGUCCCGGGGUGGUGUCAUUCAAGUUCGGGUGGAGUUUCUGGAUGAUCAGAAUCGUUCGAUCAUCCGCAACGUGAAGGGUCCAGUGCGCGAGGGCGACAUCCUCACGCUCCUCGAAAGCGAACGCGAAGCACGACGACUUCGCUGA